UGUGUAUGUGAGGAUCUGGGAGAAUGGAAUUUAACUAUCCAUGCUUGGAGCUUUGUCAUUCACCAAUACUACUUUAAAACACACCGGUCUCCAGAGCCGGGCUCCGGAGGAAGCAUCUAAACAGUCAAAACAACCCUUCAUCCAAAGAUAGCCUCGUAUACCGUUCGUCCAUGUUAACCAAGCCGUCAGAGCAAAUGGAAGUGCAUAAUGGGAGUUGCAAUUGCAUUAGGCGCACAGAAACGGCCGGUGGAGCUUGCGGUCAAUGUCCGCGGCAUGUCAACACUGACGACUAUUUUAUUAUACCUUCUACGCGCGAGACUUCCCAUACUCUCUCACCUAGCGCGACGCCAGAGGAACUGGCACUGGGAGAUUUGAUGAGGCCCAGCUCGCCGCUAGAACAGCCUCCUCACCCGAACCGCAGGGGUGCGCGACCAGCAAUGCCGCCUUUUGGUUCGGGAGUAAUAACUCCGCCGGGGGAGCCGCGUAGAUUGGUUUUGUACGGGGUUGCAGACAAAUCUAUACCGUACCCAGCGGUUUUUGCUGUCGGCAGCUGGAGAAGUACCCAAGUGGACCCAAAGGCGGAUCGCAGUGGAGCAGAUCAGAGUUCAGUCGAAAAGUGAGCCUCCGAAGGAAGAUAUCUUGGUCGAUACGGAGGGUGUAGGGGUGGAAAGUGAACGUGGGUCGGGCGGAGAUGAUGCAGAGAAGCAGUGAUUGAACGUUGAUGAGCUUCGAUGUCCACCACUUUGCAUAGAAAGUCUGACCUUAGCUCGUC